AUGAGUGGAAACAAUAAAGAAAAGCCAGUGCUUUACUCAUACUGGCGUAGCUCAUGUUCAUGGAGGGUAAGGAUAGCUCUCAACCUGAAGGAGAUUCCAUAUGACAUUAAAGCUGUGAGUCUCAUCAAAGGUGGAGGGGAACAACACUGCAAUGAGUACAGGGAAGUCAAUCCAAUGGAACAAGUGCCAUCACUGUGUAUUGAUGGACAUACAUUAAUAGAAUCUUUGAGCAUAAUGCACUAUCUGGAAGAGACAAGACCACAAAGACCGCUAAUGCCGCAAGACUGCAUCAAAAGAGCCAAGGUUCGGGAAAUAUGUGAGGUGAUAUCGUCGGGCAUCCAACCUCUCCAAAACUUAAUAGUAUUGAUAUACGUUGGAGAGGAAAAGAAGAAGGAAUGGGCCCAGCAUUGGAUAAUGCGCGGUUUUCGUGCAGUGGAAAAACUUCUUUCUGCAUCUGCUGGGAAGUAUUGUGUUGGAGAUGAAAUCACAUUAGCCGAUUGCUGCUUAGUACCGCAAGUGUUUAAUGCAAGAAGAUUCCACGUAGAUCUUCGUCCGUUCCCCAUAAUUCUCCGCAUCGAUCGAGAACUUGAAAAUCAUCCAGCGUUCCGUGCAGCUCAUCCUUCUUCUCAACCUGACUGCCCGCCAGAAGUCGCUAAGUGA